AUGGCAAAUUUUGUUGUCUUCGACGACAGCGUCACGAAGCUGUUCGGCUCCGCGCCGUCGCUCGAGUUGUUGCACGAAAACCAGGACUACCCGUUCGCUCACGAGGCCGGCGUCUUCAUUGAGCGCAGCAACACGCUCUUCAUCACCAGCAACCAGUAUAAUGACCAUUCUGCCGGUGGUCGCAAGAUUCAGAUUUCCCGCGUCACACUCCCCUCCGACGGGAGUUCCAAAACCAUGUGCGAGGAGAUUGACCCCGCCAUCAUAACCAUGGCCAACGGAGGCGUCAACUACCUCGAUGGUAUCGUCUUCUGUGCUCAGGGCACACACUCCUCGCCUGGUGGUCUGGUGUUUAUGGAGGCCGAACCGCCUUACCAGACCCGGAUGCUGGUCAGCUCGUUCCACGGCCGGGAGUUCAACUCUGUCAAUGACGUCGUGGGCCACAGCGACGGCUCGCUGUGGUUCACCGACCCCAUCUACGGCUUUGAGCAGGGCAUUCGGCCCAAGCCGAAACUUCCCAACCAAGUUUACAGAUACGACCCCAUCCGCGGCUCCAUCAGGGCCAUGGCGGAUGGCUUUGGCAGACCAAAUGGUAUCUGCUUUAGCCCCGACGAGAAGACGGUGUACAUCACAGACACCGACUGGAUUCACGGCGAUGGCUCAACUGACCUUACCCGAGCGUCAACAAUUUACGCAUUCGAUGUGGUCCCUUACUCUGGAGAACCAUUCCUGACAAACAGACGGCUCUUUGCCAUGGCGGAUACUGGCAUUCCUGAUGGUGUCAAGUGUGACGUUCACGGCAAUGUGUACAGCGGCUGUGGUGACGGUGUCAGCAUCUGGUCCCCAGGCGGUGUCUUGCUAGGAAAGAUUCUUGUCCCGGGUGGUGCUGCCAACUUCUGCUUCGGCCGCAACGGAGAAAUCUUCAUCUUGAAUGAGAAUCGGUUAUGGAGGGCCAAGCUGGCGGAUGAUACGAAAGGCGCAUUGCUGUGUAUCUAA